AUGCCGAGCCAGAGACAAACGUCUAUAAUAUUCCUUAUACUGGUCCUUUUACUGAUAAUGAUGUACUGCAUCUUAUCCAGAUGCAUUAUUUCUUUGAAUCAGCACAUUAAAGAAGAUCAUAUAAAUCCAACAAGAAUACCAGCAGACUUUUACGAAAUUGGAUUUUCUAAUCCGAGCGAUGAACAUUUAGUUGAACAUGUUAAGUUGAACUGGAUCCAUCCUCCAAGCGCAGAGAUUCCUAAAAUGAAGGAACCGAUUAACCACCAUUUUUCACAACAUGGGCAGAGUGAAUACAUCGACAAUCUUCUCAAGGGAAAAACAAAUGGAUUUUUCAUAGAAUGCGGGGCCUUUAAUGGGAAAGAAUUAUCGAAUUCCUUAUUUUUUGAACGAUAUAGAAAUUGGACUGGCUUACUGGUAGAGCCCAAUAAAAGGGUAUUUCAAGAACUUUUGAAUCUUAAACGAAAGUCAUUUGCUGCUAAUGUUUUACUAUGCCCAGAUAACACAAGCAGGAAAAGUACAUUUGUUGAUGCCGAUUAUCUUUCUGGCAUGAAAGAAAACGUUCAACUUCGUGCUGACGCCAUUGCAAAAAGUAAAACAUACCUUGUCCAAUGUUUUACACUUUAUACUCUCCUUUUAGCGGUAGGGGUGACGAGGGUGGACUAUUUCAGUUUAGACGUAGAAGGAGCCGAGAUAUCCAUUUUAAAAACGAUUCCCUUUGAUAAAAUCUACAUUAAGACUCUGUCAGUUGAGUACUUGUUUAACGAUGGCCAAUCAAUAGACAAAGAGAAAACACAAAAAAAUUUAAAAGUGAUUCGUGAUUUUUUCGAGCAACUUGGCUUUUACAGAGAGGUUAAUGUCGGUCUCCUUGAUGUGUUUUUCGAACGAAUUGAUUAAUUGUUCGUAAGCUGUAGAAUAAAUAGCUAGACUGCUUGAUGAAUGAGAGCUGAUCUAUUUCGUAAAUCUUGCAUAUCCUCAAUCGUUUUUUCCUUCUGAUAAAACAAACCAGAUGUUAAUCGCGUUUUGUACUACCUGAUGAUGUAGAACAUCACUAUCACCGAAAUUAUAUUCAAAUAAUACAUUGUUGUACAAAACUAAGAAAAUAAUACAAAAUGCCAAAAUACCAGACCCCUUGUGAUUAGGUUCAAUCAGUUUUCUUGCAUCAAAGAUAUGUAAAGCAUACAUGAAAGAUAUUUGAAUGCCGAAUUCAAAACUGAAAUAAGAAUAAAGAAUGCUUUUCUUGUUCUCUUUGGUCCCAAAAAAGCUUCAGAAGGUGUAUAAAACAAUCAAAAAAUAAGGGUUAAAUGUUGUUGCAUAAAAAUUUGAGAAUGAUGUGGCUGUGCCCACGAUUAUUAUUGCCCCUCAAAAUUCAACCAUUUUCAUAUAUUUGGACUACCAUCAUGUACAUACCCCUUCAUAAGUUUGGCAACCGUUCAUUUGACCAAAACCUGUCCAUAUUUGGUUAAUGGCAAAAAUAUAAUUUUUCUAUAAUAAUCUUAUAAUUUUGUAAUCACUAAGCAUUUGAAUAGUGAUCGAGUCAAAAGGGGACAUUUAGUUACAAAGCAAUCUAGGCAAGGUGUGUCCGAUUCCA